AUGGCGAGUCACUGGAGCCGCUGGAAAGUGGUAUACCUGUAUGGGCUCUUUCUGCUCAUCAGUACUUUCGGAGACAACAUUAAAACUGGCCCCGAGGUGCGCAUUUACGAACUUGUCGUUUGUCGCCAUUAUUUUCUAGAGCACGACCCGUCCAAGGUUGAUGAAGAUGGAAAUGUAGAAGAGAGAUAUUGCAAACUUGACGUGAUACAGGGAGAGCUCAGCGUACUUCGAGGCUGGGUAUUCUCCUGGCUCCUGCUCGUCGGGAUGUUGGUCACAAUUCCGUAUGGUGUUAUAGCAGAUUCGAUGGGUCGAAAGGUAGUAGUAGCGGCCAGCUUGAUUAGCAUUACGCUCCCCAAAACAUGGAUAAUUAUGGUUUGUUAUUUUUGGCAAACAUUUCAGCCAAGGGCGAUAUUGUUUUCGGCAGUCUUUCGCUUACUCGGAGGCGGCUACUCUGUCAUGAACGCGGUCGUGCUGGCUGCUAUAGUGAGCUUCGUGGCUAAUAAACAAACCGCAAUAUUGUUUUACAUUAGCACCAUGACACUCGUAUCCGAGCUUGCGGCGCCUCCUCUCGGAAGCCUGAUUAUGAUUAAAUCCAGUCCGCUCAUGACAAUGGUGGUCGCAACGAUGGUUGAAUUUCUUUCUAUUUUUGUUUUGCCAUUUAUCUCUGAAGCUUCACAACACGCCGCUGCCGAGUAUGAGACCUUAAGCGGAGAUGAACCCUCAGAUGAGGCUGUUGCCCUACCUGUACCCGACCAACUACUGUCGUCCCGAAAGACCUUGAGCACACGCAUCAAGGAAAAGACAAAAGCGAUAACGGAGGGCAUGGGAGAAGCUGCGAAAUUUGCUGUCAAAGACCGAAACAUUCUCUUCGCUUUGCCAUCUUUCCUACUGCCAAUCAUAGCACAGGAGUUGAUGGCGUUUUUGCUGCAAUAUACUUCAACCAAGUUUGGCUGGACUCUGGCGGCUGCCACCAUUCUUACCACCAUGCGACCAGCCAUUACUAUUCUUCUGUACACUCUCCUCUUACCGACUUUUAACAGAUUCUUAUUGAUGCGGUUGGGACUCUCUGCCGGGAAUGCAGACUUGGUGGCUGCCAAAGUCAGCCCAGUAUUGUCGGUCUUGGGUUUGCUGAUGAUGGGUUUAAGCUCAACACCAUGGAUGUUGGCGAUUGGCUUGGUAGUCUUCACUCUUGGGUACGGCUACACACAAUCAGCGCAACUCUUCCUGGCAUCGAGGGUGGAAAAAGACCAGCUUGGCUUAUUAUACACAGUCACUGCUACGAUUAGCGCCAUCGGUGGGAUAUUGGGGGCCCCGUUAAUUGCCCAAACGUUGAACUUGGGCUUGAAAUUGUCCGGGAUAUGGCUGGGCCUGCCAUUCUUUGUCGCCGCUGGCGUUUAUGCUCUCUCAAGCAUUGGAGUGUGGAGCUUGUCUUUUACUUAG